UAUAAAAGUGAUUACCUGAGGAGUUGCCGUCAGUGUGCUAACGCAUUGUGUAUCAACAUGAGGGCUGUAGCGAUCCUUUGGGUGGUGUCCGUCGUCGUGGCCGAGAAGCUGCCCCUGGAGACCCGUCCCUUUGAAAUCCUCCGCAGCGACCAGCACCACCCCAACUCCGAGGGCGCCCACAGCUUCGACUUCGAGACGGAAAACGGCAUUUCCUUCCACAUGUCGGGCUCCCAAGGGCCGACCGGAGGCGCCAACAGCAUCGGCGACUGGAGCUAUCCUUUGGGAGACGGAUCCACAGCGGAAUUUAAGUUCGUGGCCGACGAGAACGGCUACCAGCCCGAGUCCUCGCUGCUGCCCGUGGCCCCCGCCUUCCCCCACCCCAUCCCAGACUUCGUCCUCCGGCAGAUCGAGUUCGCCGAGCAGCAGAGGGCGGCCGAAGCACGCCAAGGAAGCUACGAGAAUUAACACGGUUCUCGAGAACUUUUGCGGAAGCCGAACCCAACAACACGAGAACUUUUGACCUUCUCGUGAAUGCACAUUAUUUAUCUGUGUAUUAUUUAUUUAUUCAGAGACAUUGUAAUAAAGUAAAAACUUA